UUGCAGGAGCCAAGAGCCCAGGCUUUGGCAAUAAGCUGGUGGCCCAUUUUCUUCUGGCUCCAGUCAUUGCUGAGGGUCCAGUUACCUGUGUGAGAACAGCUGUCCUCUGAAUCAUCCCCUUCACCUCCUGACCGGUGGCCCUCCCUCCCUCAGGACUCCCAUAGUCAAACCCUUGGUUUCUGCAUGAAUGAAUGUGUCUAACAGCUGCAACUUGGCACUCAGCUCCCCAGGAGAGGCGUACAUCUACAUGAGUUUUUAUGGCUUCCUCUUCAUCGUUGGGCUCAUUCUCAACAUUCUGGCCCUGUGGGUCUUUUGCUGUCGGAUGAGGAAGUGGACAGAGACGCAGGUGUACAUGGUCAACCUGGCUGUGGCGGACAGCGGCCUGAUCCUGCUCUUCCCCAUUGUCAUUUACUUCACGUGCACCAGCUGCCUUGAGGAUCUCUCUUGCCAAGUGCCCCAAGCAAUCUAUCUUGUCAAUGCAUACAUGAGCAUCAGUAUCCCCAUGGCUAUUGGGGUAGACCGCUAUGUAGCCAUCAAGUUCCCACUGAAGGCCAAGGUUCUUCGAACCCCAGGCCGGGCAGCCAUCGUCUGCGCCCUCCUCUGGGCUGUGGUCACUAGCAUGUUGGCUUUUCGUGUCAUAUGGCAGAUCCAAGACGGCGCCUUCUGCUUUUGGAGGAAGCCGGAGAUGCAUAUCUCAGUGGUAGUCUUCUCUCUGCUGGGCUUUUUUGUCCCACUAGGGAUCCUGGUCUUCUGCACAUUCCAGAUUGUGUACAGCCUAUUGAAGGUUCAGAGAAGAGAGAUAUCUGAGGUGAGACAGAUCCGGAAGAGUGUGUCCAUGGUGUUGGCCAGCCUGCUCGUGUUUGUCAUUUGUUUCUUACCCUUGCACAUAACCAUCCUGCUGAACUUCUUCCUGGGAUCUAAUGACAGAAUCAGAAGGGUCUUCAAAAUAUUCAACUUUAUUGCCCACACCAACUGCUGCCUGGACGCCAUCUGCUACUACUUUGUGGCCAAGGAGUUCCAGGAGGUGACUCCUUUCUUCUGCCUCUGGCGCAGACAACCCAGACCCAUGGCUCCUGAAGCCAAGAAGACUUGCACAACCCUAAAGUAACCUGAGGUUCAGCAUCCCCAAGCCCAGCGAUGAUAUUGAUUGGCUUCCAUCUUGGGGCGGCUCCCAAGGCUCCCAAAAUCAUUUCUCCUGAGCUUAUUUUGCUCCCACACAGAGUUAGCUCAGAAAUCUUAGAAUAAGCCCCAAUAUAACUCCUCUUCCCUCUCUAUCAAUUUGGAAACCCCAAACUCUUAACUUUGGCAUUGUUAAAAGGAGGGACAAUUCUAAGGCUGGCACUGCUCAGAAAUUCCCCUUUCUGUCUAAAAGGAUGGAUUCUAGAACUUGGGAACCCGGAACUCUAGCUGCAUGGGUGAGAUUUCAAGUAAUUCUUGUGUCCUCUGCUCCAGAGUAGCCAUCAGGGGCUGUAGGGGCUGACUGGCAGGUGAUGAGUGAUGGGUCAGAAUAGCUUCUGCAUAAAGACUCUUUGUGCUUAGCUUUGCUGUUAGCUGAUUAGUCUGCAGAAAAGGGGGAAAGAGCAUUAGGACAGACCCCGCAAAUGGGCCCUUUAAUUACAGACCCAGAACUGAGGGGCGGCUCUCACCUGCAAUAGUCUGGAGCUGACCCUCUCAUGCCCACGUUUCACUGAGUUCUUCCUGCCCUCCUACCCUGUCGCUGCCUUAGCCACCGUCCCCUCCCUUGUCUCUAGAGUCAGGCUGUCCUGAUCAGUGAGAGCUCACUAUGUCUAGUCAACUCCCGCCACUUCACUGACAUCUUCCUGGUACAGCAUUGCACAAAUACCCUGGCCCUGCCCCUUCCCAACUCUUGCUGUGGGACAGUAAUUAAAUCAACACUAUUGUCUCCUCCAAAAAGGGCAUGUCAGUUGACUAUCCUAUGUCACCUUUCCAGGCUUUUUUAUAAUUAUGUCCCCAGUGAUUAACACAGUGGUUGGCACAUAGUAAAUGCUUAGUAAAUA